CUCAGCGCAUCAUUUGUUGGAUUAACGUUGCUUUGAGACUGAUUUGAGGUUCAGGUUCUCUAUCCUGUUUAUUCCACAAUACUUUUUCAGUUCAGCGUUGAUGUUCUUAUUUGAAUAAAGAAAACGAAAAAAGAGCCCUGCUCUAGCAAGCCUUUAAUGCUCCUAGUCCUGAAGAAAAUGUACGAGGAAUCUACAAACAUAAAAAAAGAUUGCCUUCAGCCUCAACAAUUACUGAUUCAAUCUGUUUCCUUUCUUUUUCUGCUUCACCAUCGACUGUAACAUAGAAAAAGCAUCGUGCGUGAGCUACAGAAUCAGUACCUGCCAUGGUGGAUCUUGCAGAGAAAACUGUACCAGCUGGUGGUGACUUGUCUCUGAAAAAGAAGGAGCUUCUUUCUAGUGCCAUGAAGAGAACAAGUGAAUGGAUUUUCUCACAGGAGAUUCCAAGUGAUGUCAACGUUCGAGUUGGGGAAGAUUCCUUUUCGUUACAUAAGUUUCCGUUAGUCUCCAAGAGUGGAUACAUUAGGAAACUCGUCUCAGAAUCUAACGAUGCUGACGUUUCAUUCAUCGAACUCACUGAUGUUCCUGGUGGAGCAGAAGCAUUUGAGCUGGCAGCAAAGUUCUGCUAUGGAAUAAACUUCGAAAUAAAUGUUGAAAACAUUGCCACGCUACGCUGUGUGGCUGAGUAUCUUGAGAUGACAGAGGAAUAUUCGGUUGGAAACUUGGUGGGAAGGACUGAUGCUUAUUUGAACGAAGUGGCACUGAAGACCAUUGCAGGGGCCGUAUCUGUUCUGCACAUCUCAGAGACUCUCCUUCCGAUAGCAGAGAGAGCAAAGUUGGUGAGUCGAUGCAUAGAUGCCAUUGCAUAUAUAGCAUGUAAGGAAAGUCAAUUCUGUUCAUCUGCAAGAAGAGAGAGUGACACUGAGGGAGUGGUGUCUUCCGUGGCAUCAAACCAGAAACCAAUAGUAGAUUGGUGGGCUGAAGACAUGACUGUGCUCAGAAUCGACAUUUUCCAAAGAGUUAUAAUCGCAAUGAUGGCAAGAGGGUUUAAACAGUAUGCCAUUGGUCCCAUCCUAAUGCUAUAUGCUCAGAAAUCUCUACGAGGUUUGGAUGUGUUUGGAAAGGCAAGGAAGAAGAUUGAGCCGCGACAAGAGCAUGAAAAGAGGGUUGUUUUAGAGACAAUCGUGAGCCUUUUGCCAAGGGAGAAGAAUGUGAUCUCAGUAAGCUUUCUUUCAAUGCUGCUCCGGGCAGCAAUAUAUCUUGAGACUACGGUUGCUUGCAGGCUUGAUCUGGAGAAGAGAAUGGCCAUGCAGUUAGGCCAAGCUGUUUUAGAUGAUCUUCUCAUUCCUUCCUAUUCUUUCACUGGGGACACAUUGUUUGACGUGGAUACAGUGCAGAGGAUCACGAGUAAUUACCUAGAAUCUCAAACGGGAAACCACUUAGUCCACAAUGUAGAUGAUGAAUACUUUUCUCCUCCACAGAGUGAUAUUGAAAGGGUUGGGAAAUUAAUGGAAAACUACCUUGCUGAAAUAGCCACCGACCGAAAUUUACCAGUUCCAAAAUUCACCUCUUUGGCAGAAUUAAUUCCUGAACAGUCCAGACCAACAGAAGAUGGGAUGUAUAGAGCCAUAGACAUCUAUCUCAAGGCUCAUCCUGCUGUAAGUGACAUGGAGAGAAAGAAAGUCUGCAGCGUGAUGGACUGUCAGAAAUUAUCUCGAGAGGCAUGUGCACAUGCUGCACAAAAUGACCGGCUACCUGUCCAAACCGUGGUUCAGGUUCUCUAUUACGAACAGCAACGGCUUCGCGAUGCUAUGAAUGGCAACGGAAGCGGGGAAUCUUCGGUUGAUUCCAAACUGAACGUAUACUCCUCUGAAUUUCAUCCGGUUUCAAAUGAGCUCUCUACUCUACGAAGAGAAAAUGAAGACCUGAAAUUAGAACUAGUGAGAUUGAAAAUGAGACUCAAAGAGAUUGAGACCAGGACACUUAAAUCUGCAGUGAACAGUCCUGCGGUGAGUGUUUCACCUUCUGCUGAUAAACCUCCUUUGCCUCGAAGAUCAUUCAUAAGUUCAGUUUCCAAAAAACUUGGACGGCUUUCUCCGUUUGUGCGUGCCGAUGGUGUUGCACCUUUUGGCAAAAGUCGCACUAAACCAGAUAAGAAUCGACGCCACUCCAUUUCCUGAGGCUGUUGAUAGUUCCUGGUGUCAGAUUAAAGGUUCUUCCUUAAAUUCACGGGGAUAAAAAAUACAGGAUUAGUGUUUCAAAGUUUUUGCUUCAUCUUCAUUCCACGUAAAUUGUAAGAUCAUGAUCCUUUGGUGUGAACUAUGUUUUGAAGUUUGAUGAAAAAUUAAAUAUAAUUCUAGACUUGGAUUGAUUUCAA